AUGCUUAAAUUCAAGCGCGCUUAUUCCACCGGCCUGGCCAGCGCCAUCCCGCCGGCCAAGCUCAAGUACGUGCCCACAUCCGGCACGUAUCCCAAGGGCUUCCUGGCGUCGGGCGUCUUCGUCGGCGUCAAGCCGGGCAACACCAGCAAGCCGGAUCUCGCCCUCGUCACGUCGGACCGGCCAGCGUCGGCGGCGGCCGUCUUCACCAAGAACAAGUUCCAGGCGGCGCCGGUGACGUUUAGCCGCAAGAUUCUGCAGAGCAAGGCCAAUGAUGGGCUUCGCAGCGUCAUUGUCAAUUCGGGCAAUGCCAAUGCCGUGACCGGCGUCGGAGGGCUGGAGGAUGCGGCGAGCAUGGCCCGGACGGCGGACCAGAGGGUUGGCAGCGAGGAUUCGACGCUGGUGAUGAGCACGGGUGUGAUUGGACAAAGACUCCCUAUCCAGAAAAUCGUGGACCACAUCCCCAUGGCCUAUCACCAGGCCGGAGACUCUCACCGACACUGGCUGGACUGUGCCAAGGCCAUCUGCACCACAGACACCUUCCCCAAGCUCAUGUCUAGGACCUUUGAGCUGCCGUCUUCUCCUGGUGUCGAGUACCGCAUUGCGGGCAUGACCAAGGGCGCCGGCAUGAUGGCCCCCAACCUGGCCACCAUGCUCACUAUCCUGGCUACUGACGCACCCAUUGCCCCGAGUCUCAUGAACCCUCUGCUCAAGUACUCCGUCGACCGCUCGUUCAAUGCGUUGACCAUUGACGGCGACACCUCUACCAACGACACCGUCGCCCUGCUUGCCAACGGUGCUGCUGGCGGCAACGAGGUUUCGUCCGAGCAAUCUGCCGACUAUGAAGCUUUGAAGGACCUGGUGACUGACUUUUCCGCCGAGCUGGCCAAGUACCUCGUCCGUGACGGCGAGGGAGCCACCAAGUUUGUCACAAUCCGCGUCGUGGACGGUGCUUCUGAGGCUGCCUCGCGCGAGAUAGCUCGUGCCAUUGCUCGUUCGCCCCUCGUCAAGACGGCUCUGUACGGAAAAGAUGCCAACUGGGGCCGCAUUCUGUGUGCCGCUGGAUACGCUCUCAUCUCACCUCCCGGCCAGCCCGUCAACGAUGUCCCUGAAAUUAUCCCUGAGCGUACGAGUGUGUCGUUUGUUCCCACUGACGGCUCAGCUGAGCUGAAGCUGUUGGUUAACGGUGAGCCGGAGAAUGUAGAUGAGCAGAGAGCGAGUGAGAUUCUUGAGAUGGAGGACCUGGAAAUCCUGGUGAGACUGGGAACUGGCGAUAAGAGCAUCGUUCAUUGGACAUGCGAUUUCAGCCACGAUUAUGUUACGAUUAACGGCGACUACAGGACGUAA